GUAUUUAACAACAGUACACAUAUUUAUUUUUUGUUUUCAAAUACUGUAAUUGAGUCCAAAAUGCGUUUAAAAUAUUCUAAAACACUAUUAGAAUCGCAGGGUUGUGACUCUCCAAUUGCAGAUUUAAGCUGGUCUCCAAAUAACGUUAAGCUAGCCGUGGCAACAAAUGAACGGCAGAUUUUAUUAUUCGAUCUCGAUGGUACACGGAGAGAUAAAUUCAGCACCAAGCCAGCUGACCCCGCUGCUGGAAAAAAGUCUUAUGUUAUUACUAGUAUAUCAUUUAGCGAAAAUUCGGAGUUGCUUGGGGUGGCGCAGUCCGACAACAUGGUAUUCGUGUACCGCGUGGGUGCAGACUGGAGUGGCAAGAAGGUGAUAUGUAACAAGUUCCCUCUCUCCGGGGCGCCGUUGAAGCUGCUUCCUAGCGAGGCUGGUUUCUUCACUGGCACCAGCGAUGGUAAAAUAAGGUCUCUCGACUGUAAAAGCAAUAAGAGUUCAAGCAUGUGGUCGGCUGGUUCGUGUUGCGUGGCGCUGGCGCGGUGCGAGGCUGCGCUGGCUUCCGGCCACGUCGACGGCACCAUAUACCUGAACGGCCGAUUGCUGCUGCGCUACGCAUUACCGCCUACUGCUCUCUUGCUUUUACUGCCUUAUUUGAUUGUGGGGUCGUGCGACGGUCGCAUUUCAAUGUAUGAGGCGCAGCGAGGCGCUCUGUUGCGGAGCUUAGAGCCGCAGCUACCACCGGAUCGACGAGACUUCAUCGCUGUGGCGGCUAGCCCUUCUGGGCAGACGAUGGCAUUUGGCGUGUUCGACGGCUGCCUGGUGGGGGAGGUAAAGGAGACCGGUAACAUUGAGCUGUCUCCGCUUCACAUACCGCACCUGUACGCGACGCGCGCACUCGCCUGGAGCGGCGACGGCACUAGGCUAGCGCUCGCAUCGCAGACCGGCGCUGUUAUACAACUAGAAGCUGUACUUAGGCGUUGGGUGUGGCGCGACAGUGUGGAGGUGCAGCACGUAAGCCCACGCCAGCUGCUGCUGCGCCGGCUGGCGGGGGACGCGCCGCCGCUUUCUGUCACCACCAAUCAUGCACACGAUAUAUACAAUGUGCGAUUUAUAGGUAACGAUUGGUAUGCUGUAUGUAGGACCAACACAACUUUGAUACUUUGCGACAUAGCGCGUGGACUGACAAGCGAGAUCCCAUGGAGUGGCAGCGGGGAGCGCAUCUACGCGGCGGUGGGCGGCGCCUGCCUGCUGCACCGCGCGGGCGAGCUCAGCGUCGUUGAGUACGGCCUUGACAAAGUUCUGCACACCGUGCGGACGGAGCGCGUGAACCCUCACGUGCUGAGCGUGCGCGUCAACGAAGGGCCGACGCAAGCCGCAGACCGCAAGCACCUCGCCUACCUCCUCGACAAGCAGACAGUUGCUGUACUGGAUCUCGUUACAGGCGUGCAGGUGGGGCAGUGGUGGCACGAGGCGCGCGUGGACUGGCUGGAGCUGAACGAGAGCGCGCGCCUGCUGCUGUACCGCGACACGCGCCGCAACCUCACGCUGCUGCGACUCGACACCGCUGACAAAGAGACUAUAGCGCGCGGAGUGAGCUUCGUACAAUGGAUCGAGAACAGCGACGCAGUUGUUGCGCAGACGCACACUCAUUUGCUUAUUUGGUACAGCGCGUGGGAGCCGGGCAGUGUGGAGAGUGUGGAGUGCGAGGGCGGCGUCGCGGUGGAGGUGAGCGCGCGCCGCGUGGUGCUGGAGGGCGGCCAGCUGCCCUACGUACAGCUCGACGAACAUAGACUUGCUUUCAACAGUGCGUUAGAGGGCGGUGAUCUGACGACUUGCGCCAAGUAUUUGGAAGGAGUGGGCGGCAGCGCGGACGUCACUGCCCUGUGGAAACAGCUUGCUGACACUGCGCUUGAAGCCAAUGAUAUACAGCUAGCUGCAACAUGCUAUCGCGAGGCGGGAGACGAGGCGCGAUCGCUCUUCCUGGACAACGCUCUGCAGCUCGCAGCCGUUGAGGGUGAUGGAGACGUGGCUGCUGGUCUGUGUAGUCCCGUGGUGCAGGCGGAGCUGUGCAUCCUGGCGGGGCGCGUGUCGGAGGCGGCGGAGUGCUACGUGCGGCGCGCGGGCCGGCCGCGCCUGGCGCUCGACAUGUACCGCCGCUACAAUAUUUGGCCGGAAGCUAUCGCCUUGGCAGAGAAACACUUCCCCGCGGAGGCGCCGGAAUUGAAGCGACAAUAUAUGGAUUAUUUGAUGUCAACUGGGCGCGCGGGCGAGGCGGGCGAGGUGCUGGCGGCGGGCGGGGAGGUGCGGGGCGCGGUGCGGCUGUGGCUGCGCGGGGGGCGCGUGCGGCGCGCGGCCGCCGCGCUGCUGGCGCACACCUCGCUGCUGCGCGACGACGAACUCCUGCAUGCUGUGCACACGCACCUUGUUCAGGAGGAAUGGUGGGAAUUAGCGGGAGAACUAUCGGAGAAAAGAGGCGACACUAAAGCCGCGGUAGAAUACUUCGCCAAAGGACACAAUUAUGCAAGAGCUGUUCAGCUAGCAAGAGAGUGGUGUCCGGAGCAAGUGACGGCGCUGGAGCGCGCGUGGGGCGCGUGGCUGGCGGGCGCGCGGCAGGCGGGCGCGGCGGUGCCGCACCUCAUAGAGGCGGGCGACACGCGCGCCGCGCUGCACGCCGCGCUCAAGGCGCAUCUCUACAAGAAAGCGCUGCAGAUUGUACAGGUUAUCGACGACAAGGAGUCGAUACGUGAACAAUGCGAGCAAUUGGGGGACCACUUCAUUUCUACUCAGGACUGGGAGACGGCAGAAAACGUACUAACAUCUAGCAAUAUGGCGGAACGUUGCGUCAAAGCGUACAACACGGCGGGCCGUAUUGCCGACGGACUGAGGGUCGCGGCAUCGCAUCUUACUGAAGAACAAACGAGAGAUAUUUAUUUGCCUCUAGCUCAACAGUUGAGGGAGGAGGGACAAUUGAGGAAAGCGGAGCAAAUUUACAUCGGUCUAGGAGAGCCGGACGAAGCUAUAUCUACGUACAAGGAGGCAAGUCAGUACGAGGCGAUGCUACGUCUUGUGGCGGCGCAUCGCAGCUCCCUGCUGGAGGCGACGCGUCGCCACGUGGCGCAGGCUCUGCACGCCGCGGGUGACUUGCGCGCCGCUGAAACAUAUUAUAUUCAAGCUGGAGAAUGGAAGAGCGCUAUCCAGAUGUACAAGUCGAGCGGGCAGUGGGAGAGCGCCGAGCGCGUGGCGCGCGCGCACGGGCCCGCCGCC